AUGGAGAUCAAUCUGUCCAACCGAGACCAAGCGUCUCAGGCAGGGGGAGACCUCAUCGCCUUUCCUCUGCUUCAGCUCAUCAGCGAGGCUCGCAACGAACACGGAAUGCGACAGCAAGACUUUGCUCGUUACCGACGAUACUGCGCCUCCAAGACACAUCGACUCCGCGAACUUCUUUCUCUGACUCACUCCGACGGCUUGCACAAGAAGGAAGCGAAGAAGUCCAAGACCGCAAAGGCAGCUCGUGGCAAGAAGCCUAAGAAGGCCCAACAGGCAGCUGCUCAGAGCGCCAACGCCAAAGGUCAGGGCAACAUCUUCACUGCCAAGAAGCUCAACGUAGCUCAGGCCAAUGAUGCACGACCCGCUCAACUUCUCCUUUUCGAAGCCGAAAGAGCCUGGGCUUACUCGCAGGAGCUUCGAUCGGAAGCCUUUGACGAUGAGUCCAACCCUCAGCUCCGCAAGCGUGGCAUCUCUAGGCUGCGACGUGCCGAACAGUGGUCCAGCUCCCUGCAACAGCUCGUUCAAGCUCUGUCCAAACGUUUUGAUGUCUACUCUCGCGCUGAGACAGCUGCUUACCUGCUCAACAUCAAGGCCACCGCCGCUUUCGAUCGUUCACAGUGGGACAAGGCCCUUCAGAUGCUUUCCGUGGGCCGCAACUUGCUCAAUGCUAUCGCCACUAACAGCCCCGCGAGCCGUGCUGAGGCGCUCGCCAACAGCUUCGUUGAUGCUGGCGAGGCUCAGAUGCGCUACUCUGCCUACCAGCUCGGCAACUCGGAGCAGGACAUGGACAAGAUUGCUUCUUCUACCGCCACACCCGAGCUUUGCAGUAAGAUUAUGCCCGAGUAUACGGAGCUCAUCGAAGAGCUGACAGCCGCCAAGGCCAAGGCUGGCUCUGGUCAGAAGCAGACACUCUCCCUCAGCUGGCACGGACACCAAAUUCCUGUGCGUAACCCUGAGCUGCUCGACACCAUCGUGGCCGCUCAGUCCGAAGAGGCUGCCCUUCGAGAAUCAGUCAUGGUCGAGGCUGUGGGCGACCGAGAUGCCAACACAGGCGCUUCGACCAGCCGCAAGAACAACAAGAAGGCUGCUGCAGAGCAGAAGGACGGCAAGCGUGUUCGACUGUCGCAUGCUCAGCGCAAGGCGAAGAAGCGCGAGAUCGCCCAGGGAGAGUCAUCCGCCGACGGUGCCCGCAACGCUUCCACGUCGACCGUGCGACUUGGAAAAGCCGGACGCACCGAACUCGAUCCCUUCGACCGAGCCCUUAGCGCCUUCACCGAUGCCGAGGAUGUCGCACGCAAGCUCGUCGAGGACAACGCCGAGGCGCUCUCCAAGAGCCACUCGGCCAGGUACGAAACCGCCAGCAAAGAUCUUCAGACUGCUCACGACUUUAUCUUCUACCGCCUACUGGCUCUCCGUGUCUGGCGUAACUUGCGUCUCGUCGCCGAGGUCGAGCAGCGAGCUGAGAAGCGUGAAAAGCGUGCCAUGUCCGGCGUCGAAGCUCGUCUCAAGGGCAAGAUCGCUUCUGGCUCUGCUGCUCAGAAGCGAGGCAAACGUAGCAAGGGCAAGCAACAGAAGCUCGACGAAGCGAUUGUGGCCAAGAAAGCCGCUUCUCGUAAGAAGUCGUCCGGAUCACGCGCCAAAAAUUCUGGCUCAAACGCCCGCUCGCAUGCUCGCAAGCCUGCCAGAAGCGGUACCAGGAAGCUUCGAACCCGUCAAGGUUUGGCUCGAGAGAACCGAGCUCGUGCUAUCGCUGCACAGAAGUCGAAGCGUCGCGGCGCUCGAGCUGUUCCGUCGCUCGCCAGGCUACUCGACGCUGCGGAGACAAGUCUGGUCGCCAUGGGCUCGAUUGCGCUCAUCGAAUCGGAGCCCGACGUUUCGAGCCUUGUCGAGGCCAAGGCAGCUUGGUUCCGCAGCGAGAUCCUGCGUCACCUCGCUCGCGCAUUCUCGCUUUCAGGCGCCCACGCCAAAGCCAUUCUUCUCCUUUCUCGAGCCCAGCUCUACAUUCGACAGGCUCGACAGGCUGCCGAGCUCGCUGAAGACGUUGACGAAGAGGAUGCCGACUUCCCGCCCCGUCUCAAGUCGAGCAGCGGCUCUGAUGCUGUGUUUGACCACUCGGACGAGGCCCUUGCUAGUCUGAAGCGAGACGUUCAGAAGUUGCUCCUCGAGACUCAACAGCAUCACCAGCGUGGUUCCAGCAAAGGCAAGUCUCAGGCAAAGGGCAAGGCAGGUAUGUCCGACUCCCGCGCUGGCCAAGCUUUGCAGGACAUUGCACGAAAGUAUAUCGACUUUGAUCCUGUCUCGCUUCAGGAAGCUCAGCGUGUGCCUGAGGAUGUCAAGGUCGAGUACGAGCAACAACAGCAGGCUGCGCUCAACCCUGUCUCCAAGCCUCAGCACAGGGCUGCCAAGGCUAAAUCGGCUGCGGUGCCUGCGGCUAAGCCCGUCAAAGAGGCCCCCAAAGCUCAGCCCGCCGCCUCAAAGCCAGCUGUUCAAGAGAAGCAAGCCGACGUGGAGGACGAGGUCGAACAUCUCGAAGAUGAAGAGGAGGAAGACGAAGAAGAAGACGGAGCAGGCGACGUCUCCUUGGCUUACGAUCCAGGUAAUGCACUCGCUGAAGAGGAGGAGGCACGACUUGAGGCAGAAGCUGCCGCCAAGAAAAAGGGCUGGCUCGGUGGUUGGUUUGGCCGCAGCUGA